UCAUGCGCACCUGCAAAACACCCGCGCGCUGCAACAAUACCUCACUCUCUACUUCAGUUUACCUGAGCGCGCGCCCGUUUCCACUGAAACACACCGGCCGCGAGGAUGUUCUGAGGAGCGGUGUGAGCUGGAUGUGUUUAUUCUGAGCGGUUCCAGAGUUCAGGAGGAGAUGAAGACUGACAGGGACGGAGGGGAGAUGAGGGGGGUGACGGUGAACAGCUUCGCUGAAGAGGCUCCGUCCUCGGGCAUGGCCAAGAAUGGAUACUUCUAUCAGGAGAUGGAGCAGAGGGAGCGAGACGAGCAGGAGGAGGGGAGCGAAGACCGAGAGGAGGGUCAGGACUCUCCCAUCCCAUCAGGAGAUGACAUUCAUCUCUACGGCAACCUGACACACCAAGGAGGGACAGAUUCUGAUGUCCACGGCUGUGUCUUGCUCAACACGUCACGGAGAUACGUAAAGCUGAUGAACUUCGAGGAGGAGAUAAGGGCCCACAGGGACCUGGAUGGUUUUCUGGAGAGGGCGAGCAUUCUUCUGCAUGAAGACGAGGCGUCGCUGGACGACGUGCUGAAGACCAUGCUCCGGCACAUCUCCCAGGACCCGCACACGGCUGAGCCCGGCUGCAACUUCGAGGAGAUCAUGAGCUCCCUCUUCACUGAUGCUGGCUCACAGGAGGUCAACGACAGGUCGCCAAGUUUCCUUUUCUGUGAUAACGUGCACCUACUGUCCGAGACGCUGCAGUGUGUCACAGCCACGGCCACGGGCAUCCAGUACCAGCAGUCAUGGCUCUGCAUCCUCUGUAAUGUGAAGAACCUGCAGAGGCGGCAUGUAUGUAUCUCUCGGCUGGACCGGCCUCAGAACUGGGGGGAGAACUGCGCUGAAGUUCGAUAUGUCAUCCUCAUACUGGCACCUCUAAAGAUGAAAAGCACUAAGACAGCUAUGGAGCUGGGCCGGACGUUUGCCAGUAUGUUCUCAGACAUCUCCUUCAGGCAGAAGCUGCUGGAGAGUAAGACUCAGGAGGAGUUUAAGGAGGCGCUGGUCAUUCAGAGGUACCACCUGACAGCCACCAAGCGCAAAACUACCACUGUGGAGGAGGAGGAGACUGACCCACACAGCCACAAGCCACUCAAGUCUGCGGUCUCUGCUCACCUUGUGUCUCUCUCUCUGCUGUGCAGGGGGCUCUGUUGUAGAGAUUUUUUCAGAGUGGGCAGAGGCAUCUAUGAGGAUCUAUGUCGCCGCCUGCCCUUCUAUCCAUCUGACUUUACUGAUGGCAUAGUGGGUAACAAUAAAGCACUAGUGAAAUACAUGACGACGUCCAUCUUCCUCUACAUCGCUGUUCUGCUUCCCGCCAUCGCAUUCGGCUCCCUCAAUGAUGAGAGUACAAGAGGAGAAAUAGAUGUUCAGAAGACGAUCAUUGGGCAGAGUAUAGGUGGAAUCAUCUAUUCUCUGUGUGCCGGUUCCCCUCUGGUCAUCCCCCUAACUACUGCACCCAUCGCCAUCUUCAUCAGUGUAAUCAGGGGAAUCUGCGAUGAUUAUGAACUGGACUUUGCUGCAUUCUAUGCCUGUAUUGGUCUGUGGAACAGCUUAUUCCUUAUCAUUGGGGGGGUCUUCAACCUGAGCCUGCUCGUCAAGCUCUUCAAGAGGUCAAUAGAGGAGGUGAUAGCUCUGUUCAUUUCAAUUGCUUUUGUAGCAGAUGCUAUGAAAGGCACUGUCAAGAUCUUCCACAAAUAUUACCAUGCUCCUACACUGGCCAAUGGCAGCAUAGAGGAGCUGAAUCGAAUAAGCAGGGACAUGAACCUGACGGGGGAACUCCCAGAAUCCUUUAUUCUCUGCACACGAGCACGGCCGCUGCUCUGCCUGCUCCUCAUGCUGGGCACCCUGUGGGUCGGCUACACACUCUACCAGUUUAAGAGGAGUCCGUUCCUGCAUGCGAAGAUGAGGGAGAUUCUGUCAGACUGUGCUCUGCCCAUCUCUGUGCUGAUCUUCUCCUAUGUGGGCUCCUAUGUCUUCAACGACAUCGGCUUGCCCGUGUUUGAUUUUCACAAGGGUCCGGUGUUCCGAGUGGCCCCUUUAGAAAAGCUGACGGGGGCCAGUGUGCUGAGUGCUAUGGGCCUGGGCUUUCUGCUCGCUCUUCUCAUCUUCAUCGAUCAGAACAUCGUGGUCUCACUCACUAAUGCUCCAGAGAACAGGUUGCUGAAGGGCACGGCGUAUCACUGGGACCUGACUCUGUCUGGCCUGAUUAAUAUUUUGAUGUCGGUGCUGGGCCUGCCGUGGAUGCACGCUGCUUUCCCUCACUCCACUCUGCACGUCCGGCAGCUGGCCAUUGUAGAGGAGCGGGUGGAGGGAGGGCACCUCUAUGAGACAAUAGUGAGUGUGAAGGAGACACGGGUGACGUCGCUGGUGGCCAAUAUCCUGAUCGGUGUGAGUGUGUUCCUGCUGCCUGUGCCGCUGCAGUGGAUCCCCAAACCUGUGCUCUAUGGCCUCUUUCUGUACAUCGCCCUCACCUCCAUCGACGGCAACCAGAUGUGUGACCGCAUGGCACUGUUACUCAAGGAACAGACAUCCUACCCUCCCACUCACUACAUCCGGAAGGUGCCGCAGAGGAAAAUCCAUUACUUUACUUUCCUUCAGAUGGUGCAGCUGCUGUUUCUCUGCACGUUUGGGAUGUACCCUCUCCCGUACAUGAAAAUGAUCUUUCCUCUGCUAAUGUUUAUCCUCAUACCUAUCAGGAAUUGUCUGCUGCCUAGGAUCAUCGAUGCCAAAUACCUGGACAUCAUGGACGCGCAGCACAUGUAAACCCGCACGCACAUUGCACCUCCAAGAAAAGGACUCUGGGAAUUGUAUUUCUGAAAUGCAAAACUCUGGGAGGAAAAACAGACUGAUUCUAGUGUUGAACAGCAGGCGUUCUGGUGAAGCACUGAAACUGAGAAAGAGAGAGAGAGAGACGGAGAGAAAGAGAGAUAGUGUGUGUGUGAGAGAGAAAGAGUGAAAGAACAGAGAGAUAGAUAACUAUAGAUAAUAAUGAAAGCAGGACUGUACUGUUGUCUGACUGUUUGACCUUGGACCUUGGUCAGUCAUUGCUUCUCUCAUGGUUUUCCCCAUGCCAAAGCUUCUCUCUCUUUGGUUUAUUCUGAUGUACCUGUGCAUCAUUAUGUGGACCAAUCACUUGAUUUAUGAAACCACCUCAUAUACACACAAACACGUACGCACAUACGCACACAUACGCAGCAGACGCUGACCGCUCGGUUCUUCUUGGUGCGUUUCUGAUACCAUGUGACAGGUCACUCAGCAAGACAGUGAAGAAGUGGAUCUAUCUGUAGCAAUACCUCUUUGAUGUUGACCACACACUCACUCACACAUACACACAUACAUAGACACAAACACACCAGCCGACCCUCUGUGUAUCCUCUCCUGUCAUCAGUUCUCAUACAUCAAGUGAACUCAAACUGUGUAUCAUAGACAUUCCAGUGCGUUGUGGUGCGUCUCAUUUGCUAACAAGUACUGAUCAAGUCAGCACAGACCAAAAGAACACCCGCACCCUGCUUGGAUACUGUGUCUCAUAGCAAUACAGUGUUGUAGAAUAUGAAUAUUUUAGAUAUUUCUAAGAGAGACGUUUCUUUUGAGGUUGAUAUAUUUCUAGUUUGGAUACACGGCGACGUAUUCAGAAUGUAACGUUAGUGCUGUCGCUUCAGGGAUAGGGGAUGCCGCGGCCAGAUUCCAUUCAAGUCGGAGAAGAGCUAUUACCCACAAACCUUCCUCUCUACAGAACAAAGUCCUACCAUAAUAAGCUUUGCACAUUACAGAACAUCGCCAAUGUCUCUGAUCUGAUCAAAUGCAGCCAAACAAGCAAACACACACACACACACACACUUAAAGAAACAAGCAAACAUUUAAAUGCAAACACGUAUAGGCAUGUACUUUUAAACAGACUAGCAUGCUGGCUUUCACACACACACACACACACACACACACACAUGCACUUAAUUCUGGCCCAGUAUUCUUACACAAUAUAUGGUUAAAACAAACAAAGCAUGGCUUUUAUAAAACAGCAAAACUAUUUUUUACAGUUUAAAGCAAAAACAGAGCAUUUAAAAAUGUCACAUCAGGAGGGAUCUGAAGGAAAUUCUGUCACAAAAAAGCCUGGUUUUGUACGCAAAAAUGCUAACAGGCUCUUCACAGAUGACUUCUGUCAGUGAUCUCUCUUGGUUUGUUAUAGCAAUAUAACCAUUUUUAAGUGCAGAACAACAUGAAACAUAAUUAUCCUACUUAUUAUUAUCCUCACGACUGUUUCAGCGAGAGAUCUCAAAGUAAUAGUUACUGCAUUUCAUUCUGUCAUACUCAAAACCCUAAACCGCACAAACAGUCCUCUCAGAACUGAUUUAUUAAUAUUGUGAGAAAGAGAAUGCAUGAAUGUGUAAGAGAGAGAGAGAGAGAGAAAGAGAGAGAGAACAAAUGAGAGAAGAGAGAGAAUGGGAGAGCCACAGAAGACUAGAAAUAUAUAUAUAUAUAUAGAGCGAGAUAAUCGUAAAAGGGAGAGAUUCAGGGAAGGAAUUACAGGAGAAAGAGCUGCAGAAGAGAGAAAGAAAGACAGAGCCAUAGAACAGACAAAUCCAGGAAGAGAAUAACAGAAGAAGCUACAGACAGACAGAGUGAGAGUUCCACACUAGAGCUACAGGCGGAGAGAAAGGGAGAGAGAACCACAUAAGAGAGAACUACAGAAGAAAGAAAGAGAAAGCCAUAGAACUGAGAGACACAGAGAGGAAAUUACCGAAGACAGAGCUACAGACAGAGUGCAAGUAAACAGAACAUAGAGCUACAGAAGACAGAGCUACAGAAGACAGAACUACAGACAGAGGAAGAGAUACAGAAAAGAGAACUAAAGAGGAAAUAAAGAGAAAGGUAUAGAACAGAGAGGCACAGGGAGGGAAUUACAGAAGAUAGAGCCACGGACAGAGUGCAAGUACACAGAACAUAGAGCUACAGAAAGAGAGAAAUGGAGAAAGAACCAUAUAAUAAAGAACGACAGAAGAAAGAAUGAGAAUGCCAUAGUACAGAGAGACACAGGGAGAAUUGCAGGAUGCAAAAGGGAGAGAGAGCUAAAGAAGAAAUAACUCCAGAGGGAGAAUCACAAAAUACAGAGCUACAGAAGGGAAAGACAACAUUGAGGACAGACAACGAGUGAGCAGGAGCCACACAAGAUAGAGCUAGAAAGCUAGAUAGAAAGAAAGAACCACAAAAUAGAUACAUCCAGAAAAUCCAAGAGAAUAACAAGAGAAUAUAAAGCUACAGACAGAAAAAAGAGAAAGCCAUAGAACCGAGACACAGAGAAUGAUUUACAGAAGAUAGCGCUAUAGACAGAUAAAAAGAAAAAAAGAAACACAACGAAGCAGAUAAAUGCAGGAAUCCAAGACAUAAAGAGAAGAUAGAGUUAGAGACGGAGAGAAGGAGAGAGAAAGAAAGUGCCACAGUUGACAGAGCUACAGACAAAGACAGACAGAGAGAGACACAAAAGAGAGAACUCCAGACGGAGAAACACAAAAUAUAGAGUUACAGACGAAAGAAAGAGAAAGCCAUAGAAAAGAGACACAGAGAAUGUUUUAAAGAAGGUAGAGCUACAAACAGAGAAAGGGAGAGAGACACAAAAGAGAAAACCCCAGAGGCAACAUCACAGACAAUAGAGCUACAUAUAAAAGAAAGAGAAAGCCAUAGAACAGAGACACAGAGAAUGAUUUACAGAAGAUAGAGCUACAGACAGACAUAAAGAAAGAAAGAACGAAAAGACACAUCGCAGAUAGAUCCAGGAAGAGAAUCACAAAAGACAGAGCUAUAGAAAAAUAUCACAUAAAAGGAAUCACAUAAGAUAGAGCUACAGAAAGAGAGCUACAAGAUAUGGAGCUAUAGACAAAGUGCGCGAUAGAGAGAGCUACAGAAAAUAGGGCUACUGAUAUGUACAGAUGGAGCUACAAAGAAAGAGGUACAGAGGCUUGAGCUACAGGCAGACAGCUUCACAUAAUGGAGGCAGAAAGACGAUAACAGAAGAGAGCUACUGACAGAGUGAGAGAGCCGCGGAAGAGAGAGUGAUAAAAAGAGAGAAUCACAGACAGUGAAAGAAAGACAGUGAAUUUGUGGAAGUCUCACAAUACUGCGGGUUUUAGUGUUUUUCAUUCUUUAUACACACUGUACAGAUCAGAGUAUUACUAAGUUCACAAUUUCUCCUCUUCGACCCCAGAUGUAGUCGAUCCACCAAGACCUUUAAAAGCUUUGGGAAUUUGGGUUUUUUAUAGGUUAGCACUGGAGCUACAUGGCAAACAUUGUAAAAAAAAAAAAAAGGAAGUCAAACCCAAAACCCACCCAAAUCUUUUCUAUAAAAAUUGGACUGGAACUGCAUCCAGGACUUUAUAGUUUAAAGUUGCACAGACAUGACAACCAACCUGGUUGAGGAAACAGUAGGGCUCACUUAAACGUAACUUCAAUGUACAUUUUUAUUAGACUAAUAACGCAGUUAUUAGAUAUGCUUUGCCCUAAACUCUAAAUGCUUGAACUUCCUGAAGACCAGGAUGGGGUUUGAGUGGGUAAGGCAAUGUGUAUUUUAAAAUAGAGAAAAGAUUAAGAUGGAAAUUGACACAAAACAUUCUGUACAUUGUGGCUCCAGUGCAAAAUUAAAAAAGCAAUCUUUAAAAAAACAACAUACAGCUCUGGAAAAAAUUAAGAGAUCACUUCAGUUUCUGAAUCAGGUUCUCUGAUUUUGCUAUUUAUAGGUUUAUGUUUGAGUAAAAUUAAAAUUGUUGUUUUAUUCUAUAAACUACAAACAACAUUUCUCCCAAAUUCCAUUAAUUUAGAGCAUUUAUUUGCAGAAAAAGACAUGGCUAAAAUAACAAAAAAGAUGCAGAGCUUUUAGAGCUCAAAUAAUGCAAAGAAACAUAUAUAAGAGAUAUAUUUGGUUGAAUAACCCUGUUUUUUUAAUCACAGUUUUCAUGCAUCUUGGCAUAUUCUCCUCCACCAGUCCUACACACUGCUUUUGAAUAACUUUAUGCCACUCCUGCUGCAACAAUUCAAGCAGUUCAGAUGGAUUUAAUGGCUUGUGACCAUCCAUCUUCCUCUUGAUUAUAUUCCAGAGUUUUUUUUAUUUGGUAAAAUCAAAGAAACUCAUCAUUUUUAAGUCGUCUCUUAUUUUUUUUUUUUCAGAGCUGGGAAUUCAGUGUUUACUGAAUUCACUGCUCUUACAAAGCUACUAAACCUCGGAAUUAACAAAAAAGCUUAAAUCAGGUGUGCUUUGGGAAAAACAAACAAAAAAAAAAAAACAUUCAGGGAUCCCAGGGGUUCCUCCAGGUCCAGAACUGGUGGAAAGGUAAAAAACACUAAACUUCAGCAGCAUUGUGCUUCCUCUACAGAAGUUCUGUUAUGGUCUCCCACAGUUAUUAUCCUGCACUGUGCGUCCAAAAGUUUUUAGACGCUUGAUCAUGCAAUGUUUCCUCUAUUCCUCUGGCACGACUAUUUACAAGCUCGCUGAACACUGCUAUGAGGAUUUGGUUAAUACAGCCACCACACGAGCAAUAGUAAAGUCAGGUAUUGAUGAUGGAGACUUAGUUCUGGAUUUUAAACCUCACUCUUAACACCAAACUCCUCAUCCAAAAGGUAUUGAGUGUGGAGCUUCAUCACUACAGGGAAUGCAGUUCUACUGCUGCUGUACAUCCCAUGUAGCAUAGGGUAUGGUCAUCUUACGCUUAUGUGCUUUUUUUUAGACAGUGUUUUUCUGCAGAGCCGAGGUGUAAAUGGGGUUCUUUACUACAAGCUACUAGAUUAUACAAGCUUGAACCCCAUUGUCAUUAUUCAGAAUGGGAUCCUUUUGGACAUACAGUGUCAGGGCAGAGCAGGAAUGAAUAUUUAUAUAGUGUAUAUGCAGGAUUUGUGGCACGGGUGAAAGCAGGGCAGGAAACACGACUAGAAUCUGAUUUAUCUCUUCCUAAGCUUUUCAAAAGUGCGAGAGCACGGGAGAAAGAAAGAGAGUGGUGUCCUAAUGGUUUUUAUUUCUUUUUUUCUUCUUUUUUUGAUGUUUUAGUCAAUUAGUUUCUCAAGGCCACACUACUCAGUGUGAGUAUCAUUCCCAACUCUCUCUUUCCUCUCUCUCUUUAUCUCCUCUGAGACUGUGACAGUAUCAUAGUAGUUCUGGAGCUGUGCCCUCUGGUGUUAAAAAAAAAAAAAAAAGAAAAAACAAGAAAAAAAAAAAAAGCUGAAAAACAAAAACCUCCUCCCUGUACAUCAUUGGACUUCUCUCAGUAUUUGACUGUAAUAUUGAAGUAUUCAGCUUUAUUUUGUUAUUCUUCUUACCUGGAUUGGAUAUGUUGACAGUUAUGUUCUGUGCUGGUUUAAUAUUGUUUAAAAAAAAACUUCUAAUAUUGAAUGUAUAAUGUGUAGAUUUUUAUAUAAACACAUACAAAUUCAUUGUCAAAAUAAUUUUGUCAAGCAGAUAAGCUAAAUUUGUAAACUGCAAUAUGUAAAAAUAAGAUAAAUGUUUAUCAGAAGGACUGUGUGAUUUUGAAAGAGUAAUGCUAUACACUGAAAACUAGAUAAUUUCAAGCUGGUUGCCAAAUAAAGAGUUAUAUUGAUA